GCGGGUGGCAGCGGACGCGUGCGGAGCCGCACCGCCUGGUGCCGCCAGCGUGCGGGCUGUGCCGAGCGUCGGAAGCGGUGAAUGAGCAGCGCGGCGCUCGCCGAAAAGCUCCGCUAGCGUCACUGCAGCUCCUGAAAUAGGAGAUGGAACAUCUGUCCGCCGCCAGGUCGUAAUAAAGUCUUCCUUCGAGUAUCACUGAUCUUUAAUAAGUGCACGGAUGUAGCCAGGCUGCCUGGACGGACAGAUGAAGGUCCCUCCGGCAGUGUCGGUGUCACGGCACUGAACUGCCUGCCGCUCCAGCCGCGUGCCGCAGCCCGCGCCGCUCAGCCCGCAGGCUGGGACCUCCGCGCCGGGCUCUGCUGCAGCCCGUAGGAAAAACCGCGUUGCGAGGAGUCAGCGCGCUGCCGGCAGAAGCGGUGUGACGGCGGGACGAGCCGGGUCCCGUAACGGAGCCGUGUAGAUACGUGGACAAAGAUGUAGAUGACAGAGAAGUGUUUUCUCAUUCUGGCUUGGAAUCAAACCUCUCAAGAGCAGACCAGGACAUUUCUCUGAGGAAAUGGAUUCACCUUCCCAAAAAUAUCCAGUCAAAAAGCGAGUGAAAAUUCAUCCCAACACGGUAACAGUGAAAUAUACAUCUCAUUAUCCCCAGCCAGGAGAAGAGGGAGAUGAGGAUGGCAAUGAAGACACAGGGGUAUUUAUGGAGGACAGUCCAAAGACAAGACUACUGAAUGCUGGGAAAAACAGAGAAAGGACCUUUUUUGGUACGACAGACACACAGCUUCAGCCAGCACAGCUGCCCAAACCCAGUGAGACCGGGCAUUUCCAGAACUUUCCUGAAGGAAAUAUCCUGCAGUCAAGGAAAAUGUGGAUAGUCCUUUUUGGAUCUGCCGUGGCUCACGGAUGCGUGGCUCUAAUUACACGAUUAAUUUCUGAUCGUUCCAAAGUGCCAUCACUAGAGUUAAUUUUCAUCCGUUCAGUCUUACAAGUGCUGUCCAUUACUGCUGUGUGUUACUACCACGAGCCACCCUUUGGCCCCAAAGGGUACAGACUGCGGCUCUUCUUCUAUGGGGUCUGCAACGUUAUCUCCAUUACGUGUGCUUACACUUCUUUCUCUAUAGUUCCCCCCAGUAAUGGGACCAUUAUGUGGAGGGCUACCACUACAGUGUUCAGUGCCAUUUUGGCUUUUUUGCUAGUCGAUGAAGGAAUGGCUUACGUAGACAUAGUUACAGUAGUUGGCAGCGUGUUUGGUGUUUGUCUGGUCAUGAUCCCCAACAUCGUUAAGGAAGAAAACUCUCUGCUGAGCACCUGGAAGGAAGCUUUUGGCUACACCAUGACUGUCAUGGCAGGCUUGACCACCGCUCUCUCCAUGAUAGUCUACAGGUCAAUCAAAGAUAACAUCAGCAUGUGGACAGCACUGUUCACCUUCAGUUGGACAGGAACGGUAUGGGGAGCAUCCACCAUGUUCUUACUUCAGGAGCCAAUCGUCCCGCUGGAUGGAGAAACCUGGAGCUAUCUGCUCGCCAUCUGCCUGUGUUCCACAGCAGCCUUCCUGGGGGUCUACUACGCCUUGAGCAAGUUCCACCCUGCUCUGGUCAGCACUGUACAGCACCUAGAGAUAGUCAUUGCCAUGGUCCUGCAGCUCAUCGUGCUGCGCAUCUUGCCAGGUACUUACGAUCUUGUCGGGGGAGCAGUUAUUUUAGUUAGUGUUUUUUUCCUUGCAUGUUAUAAACUGUCCUGGAAGAAUUUAGGAAGGCAAGAUUAUCAGGAGAUUGUGGAUUCUUCCAUUAAAUGAACUGUGGUUUUGUUGUCCGGUUCUGGACAUGCGUUACUGUUGUAUGUGCUACGUGUGCGACCACAUGAAAGUAAUAUAUUCCAACUUUGUUGUGUCCUACUGUGCUGGUCAGGCCUCUUUCUACUGUGUAACUUCACAGCUGAUGUAGCAACGUUGGUAUUUCCACACUUCUAUGACAGGUGAAUUUGUUCUAGCGCAUACAGUCACUGUUUGUCAUGUGAUGAAAGGGUAUUUGUCUCCAGCACGGGGGGUAGUGGAGCACAGGACAAGUUGUAGGCCUCUUCUGCCUCACUUACCCUGCUAAAGUAAUAUAGAGACAGAGGGAUCCACUAGCAUCUGUCAUUACUGUGCGCUGUGGUAGUAGGAAGGUGAGCAGUAAAAACAUUAAAAUGGUCAACCAGGGUGUCUGUAUCCUCUGUAACACUUCUUACACUUUGGCUGUAAUAUUCCAAAUGAAGUAAUGCUAAUAGUUCUGUGAUUAUCACUUGUGUUUCUGGUGUCUAUAUAAACAAGAGAAUGUAUCAGUAAAGCUUUUUGUGCUGUGUGGUCAGGCUUCUAUCUGAACUGACACAGGAAGCCCAGACCUCUAGAAGUGUCUUUCCCCCAUGCCCUUGAGUGGAUCUGCAGUUCUGCUACAGCUCUGAAAGAGAGCUCCAGGAAAAUUCCUGAUAAUAAAAGAUCUACCUAUGGAGCAGGGCAGUAUUCCUUCUCUAGAACCACCUUCUCCAAAAGAGGUUUCAACUGUUAAGCAAGAGAGGGAAAAAUAAAAGCUGCAUUUGAGACUGAGGUGUGAGCAAUGAUGUUUACAAGAAACAGCCUGGAAGGCAUCUAGUGACUGCAAAACCAUUCCCAGAACAGUCAGCCCUAAACACAUUCUCCAACCCAAAGAAGUACUGCAAGCUUAGUGUCCUUUCAGUAAUUUUCUGAGUCAGCGUGCUUGGGUCCUAACAAUCGAAAAACAGUUAAAAAUUAGAUGGACAAAAAGCACUGGAGUGUCAUGGUUGCAGAUGGCAUUCCUGGCCCUGCUAACAGCUAGGAAAGAGAAAGACCUGCGUCCACAGUUGCGCGUUCUGCAAUUAAAUGCAGCCUAGUAAUUGCAUUAAUCCCUACCACACAUCUUUCCUACUCUGCCAUGACCAUCAGUAAGGAAUGUGAGGUCAGGCAUCAGAGGCAUUUGCUCUCAUCUUUCUCGUCCUUCUGGGAACUCCUUGGAACUGCUGGGAGCCAGCUGAAAAGGCACAGCAGGAGUCUGAGCACACAGUGGGUUUGUUUUGCAGCCUGUGCCACCAGGCAAGGAGGGAACCAUUGCUGCUUACCAGUAAUGGCUCAGUAUAUAUGAUCUGGUGAACCACAGCAAUAAUUGGGAUAGAUUGAAUCUGGGUCCCUGAACAGAAUAAAUAAUAAUAAAUAAAUAAAUAAUACACAAUGAAUAAAUCUUCCUUGUUGGUAAACAGUCUGACAAUAAAGAACACUACAAGUCCAUUGAUUCUGACUUCCUCAAACAGAACAACAAAGAAGACACAUCACAGUAUUUUUUUCAGAUGGAAAACCUGAGCCACUGCAAACUGGCCCUAGGGGCCUCAGGCUCCUGAGACCACCAGGGUAGCAGGGAGGAAUGGGUGCAAAGCCCACCUAGUAGCAGGAGGUGUCAGUAAACACAGACACUGAUGCUGUUCCAGAUAUUGAGGAUAUCUGGGAAGCAAUUGAAAGGCAGGUGGCAGGCAUGCUGUACUGUGAAUUCAGCACACCCUGACCAUCAUAGUGCCAUGAGUAAUAACCUCCCCCCACACCCUCAAGUUGUCUCCCUAGCAAGGGGUGCAGUGCUGAGACUUGGAUUGGCAUCUGCGUGAUGAACCCAGUUGCUGUCUAGAGCUGAGACAAGGACUUGAGAAGUGGUUUGGCUGAGGGCAUGCUGCGCCUGACA